GCCAUCUCAAACAUCAAACAUUGCCUUGUGACGAAUGAGCUCGCGUCGGAGGCCCGAAUCGAACCAUGUUACUUGCUAAAUCAGCGUCUCUGGGACAACAAGGAGAUGCUGACGCGCCUCGAAUGGCACUGGGGGAUGAAGUACUCGUCGCUAGAGCUGGAUGUAGAGGCGAACAGGAUUUAUCUUCGUCAAGAUUUGUUGGAAUCAUUUGACAGCAACCGCUGGCUGCUUCUCCCACCCCCUGAAAUGCGCAAAGCAACAACCGCACAUCGAGACGGUUCGUGUUUCCAUCUUUCGUCGAAGAUCCAUCUCAUGAUCCUUCAGCUUUAUGAAGGUGCCGAAACUUUUGAAUAUCGGUUAUUGCCACUGCGGCACGGCAUUGAAUCGAUUGAUCGGUUCGAUCAACCAAAUUCGAUUAGAACGUUUUCGCCAGCCGCUGAGCAAAGCCCCACGCGCUAUUCGAAUCCAUUCGACACCCUCCCAACUCUGGUUUCACGUGCGAAACCCCAUUUCGUCAUCUGCGAUUCCGCUGCCAAGCUCUUUCAUGAAACAACAUCUGGCCCAUCAGGACUUGCGCGGAUG